AUGUCCUCCGAACCUUAUUACGAGGCACUUCCCCCUCAUUUGAAGCCCAGACACUACGAUGUGUCUGUCUUUGACCUCGACUUGGAACAUGACUCCUACAAUGGUGAAGUGGUGAUCGACUUGGACAUUGUGGAGGAGACGGAUGAGUUGCACUUGCAUUACCGAGACUUGGAGAUCGGCGAUAUCAAGGCUAGCGUCGGUGACCGUGUGAUUGAUGCUACCGUGUCGGACCGUUUCCCAAAAAAGGAGUAUUUUGUUAUUAAGCUUGCGGAGAAGGUGCUGCCAGAAAGCUCAACCGUCCAAGCCUCCGUGAGCUUCAAGGGUGUUAUUCAGUCAAACAUGGCUGGUAUGUACAAGUCCUCCUACAAGGACAAUGGCCAGACCAAGUACAUGAUUCUGACGCAAUUCGAAGCCACCGAUGCCAGAAGAACAUUUCCUUGUAUGGACGAGCCUGCUUUGAAGGCUACCUUUGUGGUGAACAUUACGUCUGAUAACGCCUACACCGUUUUGGGUAACACCCCUGUGGAAAAGGUCCAGGAGAAGGGUGACCAGAAAAUCACCUCUUUCCAGAAAACGCCUGUCAUGUCGACAUACCUCUUGGCGUGGGCCUUGGGUGAGUUUGAGUUUAUCGAGGGCUUCACUGAAGAGAAGUACUACAACGACAAGCCAUUGCCUGUGAGAAUCUACACUACCAAUGGCUACUCGAAGGACGCUGAAUUUGCGCUUUCUUUGGCCCCCAGAAUCGUGGAUUACUUCUCGAAAAUCUUCGAACAAAAGUACCCUUUGCCUAAGUUGGACCUUUUGGCAGUGCAUGCUUUCUCGCACAAUGCCAUGGAGAACUGGGGUUUGAUCACUUACAGAUCUACUGCUCUUUUGUACAACCCUUCCACUUCUGAUCCAGAAUACAAGCAGAAGGUGGCCUACGUUGUGGCUCACGAAAUUGCUCACCAGUGGUUUGGUAACUUGGUGACUAUGCAAUGGUGGGACGAGCUUUGGCUUAACGAAGGUUUCGCUACCUGGGUGGGUUACGCUGCUGUUGACUACUUGUUCCCUGAGUGGGAUAUCUUCAGUGCUUUUGUCUCCACCUCGUUGCAGACUGCUCUCAAGUUGGACGGUUUGAGAAACUCCCACCCCAUCAAGGUUCCCGUGGUCAAUGCCUCUGAAAUUGACCAGCUUUUUGACCAGAUUUCCUACUUGAAGGGUGCAUCCACGAUUCUUAUGCUCUCGGCAUAUUUGGGAACUGGAACUUUCCUUAAGGGUGUUGCUCACUAUUUGAACGUCCACAAGUACGGAAAUGCCACCUCGCUAGCUCUCUGGAAAUCUCUUUCUGAGACCUCUGGUCAGCCGGUGGAUGAAAUGAUGGAAUCCUGGAUCACUAAGAUUGGUUUCCCUGUUAUCCAAGUCACCCAUGAGAAUGGAGACCUCGUCCUCAAACAGACUAGAUUUUUGAACGGAGGCGGCGUGAAGCCCGAGGACGAUGAGACCAUCUGGUGGGUGCCUCUCAACGCUGACGGCGACAAUGUGGAGCUGUUGGGUAGAGACUCCGUUGACCAAAAGGAAACUACAGUCAAGAACUUUAACUUGGAAGGCUUUUUCAAGCUCAACCAGGAUUCACAGACUGUGGUGAGAGUGGACUACUCCCAGGAAAUUCUUUCGAACCACAUCUUGCCAUACUUCAAGAAACUUUCCUCCAAGGACAAGGUGGGUGUUAUUGCCGACGUUGCCUCAAUCGCCAUUUCUGGUGACGAGAAGACGGACACCAUUACGUUCCUCGACCUUGUCAAGUCUAUCGUUCUUGACGACGAUUUGAUUGGAGAGCUGUAUGUCGCCUGGUUGGAGCUUUGUUCCCGCUUGUCUGCUUUGAAGACGACCUUCAGCGGUGAGGACAAGGAUCUCAGCGAAAGAAUCACUCGUUUCAUCCGCCUGGUCUACUCCAAGUUGGCCAUCAAAUUGCUCAGUGAGGAAGUUGAUGCCAAUGACGUUCUCAAGACUAAACUCAAGGCACAUAUCUUGAACAGUGCUGCUACCUACCAGGUCCCUGAGGUGAAGCAGCUAGCGCACUCUUACUUCGGAAGCUGGAAACAGUCAAGGACCAUUGAUCCAGCUUUGAGAUACUUCACCUUCUCGUCUGUCCUCUCGUCGCUGGACGUUACUGAAGACGACGUGAAGGUGGUUUUGGACGAGGUGAUCAACCCAUCUGCUUUGGACUCCAGAGAGGUUGCCUUGAGUGCCUUGGGUAACAUCUCCAGCAAGGAGCUUGCAAAGAAGAUUAUUGCCACCCUUAUCGACAUUAAUGUUGUGCCUGUUAUGGAUGCCCACUUUUUGGCUGGCAACCUCUCCAAGAACACUGCUGUAAGAGACAUUUUGUGGGACUUUAUCAAGGACAACUACAACACCAUCCACAAGUUGAUGUCCACGAACAUGGUUGUGUUGGACCGUUUCAUUCGUUUCACGCUAGGCAACUACCAGCUGGAAGCCAUGGCAGAAGACGUCGAGAACUUCUUCAAGGACAAGGACGUCAACGGAUUCGAGAGAUCCUUGUCACAGGUGUUGGACUACAUCAGGAUCAACGCCGCCUGGCUCAAGAAAGACCAGGAUCGUGUCAAGCAGUGGUUGACCGAGCACGACUUCUAA